CUUUAGGACACAAGGUGCUGACCCCAGAGACCUGCCAUGAAACCACACUUGAAGCAAUGGAGACAAGGAAUGCUUUGCGGGAUGCUUGCCUGGGGGCUCCUCUUCGUGGUGAUUUUCAUUUACUUCACCGACAGCAACCCCGCUGAGCCUGCACCCAGCUCCUUCUCCUUCCUGGAGACCAGGAGGCUCCUGCCCCUGCAGGGGAAGCAGAGGGCCAUCAUGGGCGCCGUGCAGGAGCACCCCUUCGCCGAGAGCGUGGGUGCAAACAAGCGGCUGCUCGGCGGACACUUGCCGGUCCCCCUGCACGAUGGUCCAGGCGACCUGCUGCAGCCGGCACAGGUGCAGGACAUGUUUGAGAACGACCAAGAGUUCUUUUCAUCCCAGACCGGGAGGAAGUCGCAAAGUGCUUUCUACCCGGAGGACGACGAUUCCUCCCUGGCCCAUCGGGACACGCCCGGGACCCCCACCCUCCGGGACCGCGGCCAGCGGCGGGAGGAGGCAGUCCAGGCUCGCCCGGCGCAGGGGGG